AAAAUAUGGGUAGGGACGGAUCCACCCUCCAAAAAAAAGCAGGGACAAAAAACACCCUCAAAGUAUCGAUCAAUACAAAUACCUCAUUAUUUAACUGCUGACGUCAUUACCGUUAAAAAAUUCGUUUGCUCGCGUUGACAUGGUUAUUUUUGACACCGUGGCUAAUGGACCUCAUUCUUUUUCCUUUUUAACCAAUAUUUCCUAAAUUAACCUUCAUAUCCACUUAAAUUUAUGAAAUUAUGCCAUUCCUCAAACGCAUAUCUUGGCUCCUGUGUUUCUAUUCCCAUUUCCCCACGUUCUUUUUGAGCUAGAUCUACAAGCCUCAAUGUCCUUCAUGACUAGUCAAGCAAGAACAAAUCACUACAGAAACAUAAUCUUAUGAAAAUAAGAAAUACCCAAAUGAAAAACUUACCUCAGAACAAUGAAAAAUACCCAAAUGUUUGGGUUCGCAAUGAACCUCACCUAUAGUUGCUUCCAUCACCUUUCACCAACCCAAAGUUCAAAACUCAUAAAAGAAUCAGCGCUUGCUUCCUAAUAUUCACCUCCCGUACCGACCCAAAAGCGGCCAAGCAGCCAUAGUAGAUUAUGAAGUGCCCGACCGCCCUCCGUCGCCACGCCAGCCCACUGCCUUUUCUCCACCUUCCUAGCGAUGGAUCAGGCCGACUCCUUGCUCUCCUUCACAAGAAUGUGUGAAGGAGGAUCAUUGACAAAAAGACUGCAGAAGUUUGUUUGGGAUCAUCUUCUCAAGAACUCUAUGAGUAAUUAGGUUUGAUUUUCUCAAAAAUUUCUUUGAGAUUUAGGGUUUCGAUUUUUCUUUUUCGUUUAUUAUAAGGAAAUUAAUUUGGGAAAUUAGGUUUGGUUCUUAAUCGGUGAAACGAGAAAUGGGGAAAUUAGGUAUAUUGUGGAACCUAGAUGAUGUGGAAAGUAAAAAAGAGAGGGACCCAUGGGACAUGGUGUAAAAAAAUGCACAAAUGGUA